GCGGUCCCCAGCGCGUUCCCUCGGGGCGUCAGUCCGCCCGGGACUCACGCUGUGCUUCCACGCAGUGGACAGCCCGAGGUGGCGUGGGCCUUAGGGUCGAAUGCCACGGCCCCGAGGCGAGGUCAACAGGUGGCAACCCCCCAAACAUUGGCCACAGGGAACUCCACCCUGAGGCUUCUGCAGGAUUGCGCUUUGGACAUGAAGUCGCUUUUCUAGCCCACCUUAGGGAAGACUGUUAAAUUCCAGCCACACGUUGGAAUGGUUCUAGCAGCAUAUCUUUGCAAAACGCUUCCAAUUCAGAGGAUUUUCUUGAUAAAAGUUCUCGGACCCCCUGUCCUGAAGGAGCCAGGGCUUCUCCGGACGGCUUACCAGCCGUGCUGGGGUCCUUACGUUCCCUGCAAGACUGGUAAAUGUUGGACAACGACAGAUAACAAGGGAGGUUCUGGAAUUUUCCAGUUAGAGCAACAACUUCCAGUUCUGACCAUGGCCAACUCAGAGAAGACAGAAGUGGUUCUCCUUGCUUGUGGUUCCUUUAACCCCAUCACCAACAUGCACCUUCGGCUGUUUGAGCUGGCCAGGGACUACAUGAGUGGGACAGGGAAGUACAAAGUCAUCAAAGGUGUCAUCUCCCCGGUGGGCGAUGCGUACAGGAAGAAAGGCCUCAUCCCUGCCCACCACCGCGUCAUCAUGGCGGAGCUGGCCACCAAGCACUCGGACUGGGUGGAGGUGGACACCUGGGAGAGCCUGCAGAAGGACUGGGUAGAGACGGUGAAGGUACUGAGACACCAUCAAGAGAAGCUGGCGGCCAGCUGGAGUCAGCAGCAGAGCUCGCCGGGGCUGGAGAGGCCUGGGCGCAAGAGGAAGUGGGCGGAACCAAGACCAGAUCCCGGUCAGAAGAAGCUGGUGGAGCCAAAAACAAAAGGUGUGCCCAGGGUGACACUGCUGUGUGGGGCCGACUUCCUGGAGUCCUUCGGCGUCCCCAACCUGUGGAAGAAAGAGGACAUCACGCGCAUCGUGGCUGACUUUGGGGUCGUCUGCAUCACCCGGACUGGCAGUGACGGACUGAGAGCCAUCUAUGAGUCGGACGUGCUGUGGGAGCACCGCAGCAACAUCCACCUGGUGAACGAGUGGGUCGCCAACGACAUCUCGUCCACGAAAAUCCGCAGGGCGCUCCGGCGGGGCCAGAGCAUCCGCUACCUGGUGCCCGAUCUUGUCCGAGAGUACAUCGAAAAGCAUGACUUGUACAGUUCCGAGAGCGAGGACAGGAAUGCCGGCGUGGUCCUGGCUCCCCUGCAGAGGAACACUGCCGGGGCUCAGGUGGAGGAGGCCCGUAGCUGACGGUUCGCACCUCCCUGGCAGGAUGGGGGAAAAUCUGUGCUUUAGUAACAAGAGGCAGACUUGUGAUCCUGUAUCAUGAACUAAAGCUCAGAAGUUGGAUGAAAAUCAGGAGAAAAUUAAAAUCAGAUUAUUUUCAUUGUAUCAGAAGUUGUUAAGGUGAAUGUAUGGUAUUUUUUUUUCCCAGAAUAUGCAAAUGCUCUUUGAAACAGGUACCCUAAAGGUCAGGGAAUUUUCAGUACAAUUCACUCCAGAGGGUUUCCAAGACCCUUGGCACUGCCUCAUAAGAGAAACCACAAGAGAACCCCCAGGGCUGCAGGGGCUCGGGAUUCCUGGCGCUAGGCGUGUCUGCUGCUGGGCGGGAUCCCUCAGAACAGACAAAGCAGAGGUGUGUUGGUCACAAUUUUUAAUUUAUACAUUAAGAGACAAAGGCACAUACUAUAGACAGCUCCCGUCCACUGCUUCUCUCCCCCAGGCUGUAACCUAAACCAGGAGCCUAGGACCCGAUGCCAGUCUCCCACGUGGCUGGCCAGAACCGCCACACUUGAGCCAUCCCUUCUGUUCUCCCAGCUCCAGUAGCAGCGAGCUGGAGUCAGAGCAAGACCCAGCAGCCAAAUUCAGGCACACGGGCUUCUUAGCAAGCGUUCAUCCACAAAGCGGUGUUUAAACUAGUGGACUUGUAAAAGGAUUAACAGUGCCUGCUGUAUAAUGGAAAGCUUGUGACUGUGCCAGCAGGGACAUUCCAGUUAUAGCGGGUUCUCUCUGGACACACCAGAAUGACCAGCCACCCUUUCCUGAGCCAGGGCCAUCUGGAGCCCCACCUCUGGAAGCAGGGCAUGAGGCCCCAGGCCUGCAGGAUUUGGAAAUGUGUGUGUGUGUGUGUGUGUCGCAAAGGAAUAAGUUUAUAGAAAUUCUAUGCUA